CAGAGCUGGAACACAGACCACUGCAGUUCCACCCCAUUUCAGGCCCACUAGAAGGUGAUGCUGAAGAGUCAGGAAAAACAAGGCACAAAGGAAAACCAGAGGGAGAAAGGGCCAUGGGGUGCAGCUGGUGGAGGCCACACCCGUCCUGAGGGCUGCUAAUACAGGGGGAGCCCUGACUGUCACAGUCCAUGGUGUCAAGUGGCUGAGAACACAAGCUAGGAGCCAGGGUGGUAGCACAGUCCAGUUAGAGAAAGCCAUGCUGGGCAGGGUGGGGCUAACAGACAUGAGGCUGCCCUAGCCAUCCCCGGGGCCGCGGGAGGUUUGAAUAGGCUGCCUUUAAGGCGGUGGAGCCUUCUGGAAGCCAUCUGGCCUCAGGCCUGCACUCUGGAAUGCUCGUCAGCCCAUGCUGUGCUGGGUAUGGGGAACAGCUGGGGUACAUGGGGAGGGAAGGGAGGUGGCACAGAGUUCCAUACCAAUUCUUUAGUGAUGGUCUCUUAGGUGCCCUGGCCUGAGAGACUAGAAACAAACAGUCCUCUUUAAGAAAAAGUAAAUCUGCUCCCGACAAGACUCUAAAAUUGUUCUGGCCCAGCCUGGGCUGUCCUCUGUGCCAGCCAGGGGACUUGAUUUCCACAACGACCGUGCUCUCAUGACCUCCCAGGCCCAUAUGCUCUCCAGUCUGCACAGGCGAGGUGUCAGGAGAGCCAGGCAUGGUGACAAGCACCCCCUAGGUGGGAGGGAGGGGGCUGUCCUGGCUCUGACGCAGAUAUCAGGUAGCUGGGCUGGCGAGGAAGCAGUGGGGUCAGGAGAGGAGGGGGCUAGGACGGUGGUUUGGCUCAUCAGAGCCAGCCUGAGACUUCCCUGGCUGACUCCAAGGGGCAGCUGACAAUCAGCGCAUUGUCACCAGGGCUGCAGCAUGGAGCAGGGAAGCUGCCGUGCGGAGAGCCCCGGGCCUGGGUCUGUUGGGGUGAGUGCCUUCCAUCAACCAGUGUCCUCUCCUGGGACAAAGACCCAGGGCAUGCCCUGGGCAGGUGACAGGAGUGUGGCACUCACCUCCCAGCCUCCUCAGCCCCUACCUUCCCUGAGCCAGCCUGCUCUCUGGUCUCUGCUCCAGGCUCCACUGACUGCAAUAUGCCCCCAGGUGAAGACCAAGCCCUGCCAUGGGGGCUGGGGAGCUGCUGGCCUGCUGCUGCUGCUGCUGCUGGCACUGGCCACUGCAGGGGCUGUGGCUGGGGGGCUUCUUGGCUUUGCUCCCAGCCCUCCCAAGCCACUGCUGCAGAUGCUCCGUCUGACUCUCCUGAGCCCCAGUGUGCCCCAGCCCAACCAAACUGCCCAGGUGGACGUGGCCCAGAACGUGGCGACCAUCAGGGUGACUCCAGCUCAGAGCAAUCGCAGCUGGGCAGUGCUGUUCGACGGGCAGAGUGGCCACGUCUGUUACCGACCCCCCGAGCACCAGGCCUGCUUCCUCCACCUGAUGGAGGCACGAGACCGAGAGACCCUGCAGCUGCUGGUGAACACCUCAGAGGCCCAAGAGUCUCGCAGCCCCAGCCAGCACACCCACCGUGCCCAGGAGCUGCUGGCAGUGCUUGGGAGCCACGAGGUGGACCCUGCCCAAGUUGGGGCUUCGGUGCAGCACCUCUGCGCAAAGACCCCCAUUUACUGGGCCCGUCGAGCAGAGGGUGAGUUGGGGCAGGCUGUGUGGAGAGGCCUGGGCUCCUGCAGGACAGUCUGGGGACAGGGGAGGAGGAGCCCUUUGGGUUCACGAAGGCCCCUCCCCCCAGGGCCCCCGAGGCAGCGGCUGAUCUACCUGUGCAUUGACAUCUGCUUCCCAAGCAACAUCUGUAUCUCCGUCUGCUUUUAUUAUCUCCCAGACUGAGCCCCUAGCCUGGCCCAGCCCCAC